GCGAAUGGAGCAGUUGCAACAGCAGGCAGCAGUGGAGCACCCGGUGCGGUUUGGCGGCAAAGUCACACGUCUCCGCGAAACGGGGUGAUCCUACACGACAAGAGGAAACAGACCCUGCUAUGCAAGCGGACUGAGGCAAAAUAAGGACCUGCACACACACCCUGCUAUAACAACUUGCUCACACACCAUGCUAUAACAACCUGCUCACACACCCUGCUCUGCCUGCACUGAUUUCUGGACUGAUUUAUUGCGCCUCUGGUAAUUGAGAGGAAAAUGCGCAGAUAUUAUAUUGCUGUUGGUUUUAUAGUUCGUUUUCUCACACUUUUAAUCUGAGCCCCGUCGUGCCUGACAUCCAACGUCUCGAAAAGGACAAGUAUUUUCCUCCUAUCACAUUGAUACGAACUGUGAGGUUUCUGCCUCUUUUUCACGUUCUUAUUUCUGGGAAGGGUUGAAUCAUGACGAACAGUGCGCAGCUCGCGCCGACCCUGUGCUGAAGCGAUGUUUCAGGACCAUGGAUACUUGUUUCUCUGUUUCUGGCUUACAAAAUAAAAGCGUCACAAAUGGAUGAAGAAAUCGACACCCGCAAAAUCAACAACAGCUUCCUCCGGGACCACAACUAUGCAACUGAAGCUGACAUCAUAUCCACGGUUGAGUUCAACCCAACUGGAGAGCUGCUGGCGACGGGGGACAAGGGUGGGAGAGUAGUGGUGUUCCAGAGAGAACGGGAGAGUAAGAACCAGCCCCACAGGAGAGGGGAGUACAAUGUUUACAGCACCUUCCAGAGCCACGAGCCUGAGUUUGACUACCUGAAGAGCCUGGAGAUCGAGGAGAAGAUCAACAAGAUUCGAUGGCUGCCUCAACAGAACGCUGCCUACUUCCUCCUCUCCACCAAUGAUAAAACAGUGAAGCUGUGGAAGGUCAGUGAGCGGGACAAGAGACCGGAGGGCUACAACCUGAAGGACGAGGAUGGGAGGAUCCGAGACCCCACCACCAUCACCGCCCUGCGGGUACCAGUGCUGCAGCCCAUGGACCUGAUGGUGGAAGCCACUCCCAGGCGAGUGUUCUCCAAUGCCCACACGUACCACAUCAACUCCAUCUCUGUGAACAGCGACUACGAGACCUACAUGUCCACAGAUGACCUGAGAAUUAACCUGUGGAACCUGGAGAUCACCAACCGAAGUUUCAACAUUGUGGACAUCAAGCCGACUAACAUGGAGGAGCUGACGGAGGUGAUUACGGCAGCGGAGUUCCAACCCAACCAGUGUAACACCUUCGUCUACAGCAGCAGCAAGGGCUCCAUCCGCCUGUGUGACAUGAGGGCCUCAGCACUGUGUGACAACCACUCCAAAUUGUUCGAGGAGCCAGAGGACCCCAGUAACCGCUCCUUCUUCUCCGAGAUCAUCUCAUCCAUCUCAGACGUUAAGUUCAGCCACAGUGGCCGCUACCUGAUCACACGGGACUACCUCACGGUCAAGGUGUGGGACCUCAACAUGGAGAGCAAACCUCUGGAGACCUACCAGGUUCAUGACUACCUGAGGAGUAAGCUGUGCUCCCUGUAUGAGAACGACUGCAUCUUUGACAAAUUUGAAUGUGUCUGGAACGGGUCUGACAGUGUGAUCAUGACCGGCUCGUACAACAACUUCUUCCGCAUGUUCGACCGCAACACCAAGCGUGACGUGACCCUGGAGGCAUCGAGGGAGAACAGCAAGCCCCGGGCCAUCCUGAAGCCCAGGAAGGUGUGUGUGGGGGGUAAGAGACGUAAGGACGAGAUCAGCGUGGACAGCCUGGAUUUCAGCAAGAAGAUCCUGCACACCGCCUGGCACCCCUCUGAGAACAUCAUCGCCGUGGCCGCCACCAACAACCUCUACAUAUUCCAAGACAAGGUCAACUAAGGUUGGAUGGCUGGAGAGCAGAGCAGCACAGACCAGCAGAGCGCCCCCUGGCUGACCACGCUCACCUGGGGACUGGGAGAGGGCCGCAAGGCUGAGAAUCUCUGGCCGCACUGCAACUUGUGACGAGACACUGACAGCUUUGCAGCUCUGAGACUUGCACCCAUGUUGUUGUAAAUCCAGGGUUGCCCUCUGUUGUAUCCAGAACACUCAAAAACGAUGGCUGUCAUCUAUUUUGUCUUUCCAUUUUACAAUUUUCUCCCUCUAAGUUGUUGCUGUAGUUUGUUAUGCACAUAAAAGCAGGAAUGAUACUUGUUUUUGUUCCUUAGAAGCUUUGCAUUGGGGAGAUGAACUCAUAACCUUUGCAUCCCUGAGAUGACAUGCCCAGACGCUAGAGAUGGUGCGCUUGACACCUUUUGACCUCUUCUCCUGGCCCCCUCUUCACUUAUUUAUUAUUUCUCUUCAUGAAGGUUUUAAAACAAACAUGCAGAGGAACAUAUGUUACUGGGUAGUAUUGAUUAAAACAAUGUAGCAAGCUUUUUGUUCAAUUUUUUUUUAUAUAUAAAAAACAAAUUCAAAAUGUCAAAUAAAAAAAUAGGUACACCUAAAUAUUCAUGUCUUUAUUAUGGGCUCAGUGAUCCCAGGAAUGGAGUUGAGAAAAUGUAUCUAAAAUGUUUAACCAUUAACAUAUCACAGGACUACAUUGUAAAAAAAAAAAGUUGCCUUUAUUCCAGUAAACAUGUACAGAAAAAGCGACGCAUCAAAAUUAAACCACUGAGAAGAAACGUUAACAUUCAAACUGUACUGUGAGUUGGUAGAUGUCAACGACGCACUCAAAACAGUUACUAAGGCCUGCAAUACCUUGAGUCAC